CCUGGCUUUAGUGAGGUCAACAUGCUGUUGCAGAGGCUUGCCUUGUGCUCACGGCUGAAGGUGGGGAAAUGGAACGCUUCGGUAAACGCUUGUCCCCGGUUAUCCAGAGCCGCCUCCCAGGCCAAACUUCUGAUCGAUGCAGUAGAGAUAAUGGCUGCGCAACUUUAUCUUUUCACACUGGAGCGCUUUGUUUUCAGCCCGUCUAACUCAGCGGCUGCAAGCUCUCUUUUGUCAGCUGUAACUUUCAUCUGCUGACUUAUGGCCAUUGUUAUUUAUUUUUGUGUGUGGGGGGGGGGGCGGGGGGGCAUAGGGACAGUUUGAUUUCUGUGUUAGUUUUCGCUGUUUCAGAUGUUUUGCAAAGAUUCUACUGUCGCUUAAAUAUGUAGUUGGAGUAAAGCAAACGUACGUCUCUCCCUCCUUAAACUAUCAAUAUAUGUGCUCGUAUGAGCCUGGUAGCCUGCUCCCUGUCUCUUUUGCACGAGCUUGCUUCAGACCAGCUUCAGUGUUGGAAGUGCCGCUCACGCGCGCCCACGGUAAGUCCUUCGCCCACCGCAGCGAGCUGAAGCAGGCCAAGCGCAUCGUGGUGAAGCUGGGCAGCGCCGUGGUCACCCGCGGCGACGAGUGCGGCCUGGCCCUGGGACGCCUGGCCUCCAUAGUGGAGCAGGUGGCGGUUCUGCAGAACCAGGGCAGGGAGAUGAUGAUAGUGACCAGCGGUGCAGUGGCGUUUGGAAAACAGCGGCUGAGACACGAGAUCCUGCUCUCUCAGAGCGUCCGACAGGCUCUGCACUCUGGCCAGAACCAGCUGAAAGACAUGGUGAGUCCAUAUCAAACGGAACAGCUCAGAAACAUGACGGUUCCGGUUCUGGAGGCCCGGGCGUGUGCGGCUGCGGGCCAGAGUGGCCUGAUGGCCCUGUAUGAAGCCAUGUUCACCCAGUACAGCACCUGCACUGCCCAGAUCCUGGUGACGAACCUGGACUUCCAUGACGAGCAGAAGAGGCGGAACCUGAACAGCACGCUGCACGAGCUCCUGCGCAUGAACAUCGUGCCCAUCAUCAACACCAACGACGCCGUGGUCCCCCCGCCCGAACCCAACAGCGACCUGCAGGGGGUAAACGUGAUCAGCAUCAAGGACAACGACAGCCUGGCGGCCCGCCUCGCCGUGGAGAUGAAGGCAGACCUGCUCAUCGCUCUCUCUGAUGUGGAAGGGCUGUACGACAGCCCCCCAGGGUUGGACGACGCCAAGCUCAUUGAUAUUUUCUAUCCUGGCGACCAGCAAUCCAUCACCUACGGGACAAAGUCCAGAGUUGGGAUUGGAGGCAUGGAGGCGAAGGUCAAAGCAGCACUGUGGGCCCUACAGGGGGGCACGUCCGUCGUCAUUGCCAACGGCACGCACCCCAAAGUCACGGGCCACGUCAUCACAGACAUCGUCGAGGGAAAGAAAGUGGGGACGUUCUUCUCCGAGGUCAAACCAGCUGGCCCCACUGUGGAGCAGCAGGCGGAGAUGGCGCGGCACGGCGGCCGGACGCUGGCGGCGCUCCUGCCUGAACAGAGAAGUGAGGUCAUCUGCUACCUGGCGGACCUCCUGACUGAGAAGAAGGAUGAGAUCCUGGAUGCGAACAAGAAAGACAUGGAUCUGGCUGCCAGUACAGGCAGGCUAACUCCGCCCCUGUUGAAGAGGCUGAGCCUGUCCUCGGCCAAGCUGAACAGCCUGGCCAUCGGCCUGCGCCAGAUCGCCGUGUCGUCCCAGGACAGCGUGGGCCGCGUCAUCCGCCGAACCCGCGUGGCCAACAACCUGGAGCUGGAGCAGAUCACCGUGCCCAUCGGCGUGCUGCUCGUCAUCUUCGAGUCCCGCCCAGACUGCCUCCCCCAGGUUUCUGCUCUGGCCAUCGCCAGCGGCAACGCACUUCUGCUGAAAGGAGGGAAGGAGGCGGCCAACACCAACCGCAUCCUGCACCAGCUGACCCAGGAAGCGCUCUCCAUCCACGGGGUCAGGGAUGCUGUGCAGCUGGUGAGCACCAGGGAGGAGGUGGAGGACCUCUGCCGGCUGGAUAAGCUGAUCGAUUUGAUCAUCCCGCGCGGCUCCUCCCAGCUGGUGAGGGACAUCCAGAGGGCGGCCAAGGGCAUCCCGGUCCUCGGCCACAGCGAGGGCGUCUGCCACGUGUACGUGGACUCGGACGCCAGCAUCGACAAGGUCAUCAAGAUCGUCAGAGACUCAAAAUGUGACUACCCUGCGGCCUGCAAUGCCAUGGAGACGCUGUUGGUGCACAGAGAUCUGCUGAGGUCCCCUGUAUUCGAUCAGAUAAUAGACAUGCUGAGGGUGGAACGGGUGAAGAUCCACGCGGGGCCCAGGUUUGCGUCCUACCUGACCUUCAGCCCCUCGGAGGUCAAAUCCCUGCGCACGGAGUACGGAGACCUGGAGUGCUGCAUCGAGGUGGUGGACAGCAUGCAGGACGCCAUCGACCACAUCCACAAGUACGGCAGCUCCCACACCGACGUCAUCGUCACGGAGAACGAAGAGACGGCCGAGCAGUUCCUCCAGCAGCUGGACAGCGCGUGCGUGUUCUGGAACGCCAGCUCGCGAUUCGCCGACGGAUACCGCUUCGGACUGGGGGCGGAGGUGGGCAUCAGCACAGCGCGCAUCCACGCCCGGGGCCCUGUGGGCCUGGAGGGGCUCCUGACCACCAAGUGGGUCCUGCGUGGCGACGGGCACACGGCCGCUGACUUCUCCGAGCAGGGCAGCAUGAAGUUCCUGCACGAGAACAUCCCCAUUGCCCCAGGCCUGCCUGGACAGAGGACCUCCAACUAAACACUCCUCCCUCCCCUCCCCUCCCUUCCCCUCCCAAGCCAAAACAUCCCUUCAGGACCUGCCUCUAUGACACAAAGGUCAACCUUCAAUACUGAGGUCAUUCAAGGAAUCCAGACGCACUUCUGCCCCAGCUAUAACCUCUGACUUCCCCUAUGAACUGUUCAGUGGACUGCCCUGGCUUCUUCAUGUGUAGCUUCAUUUCCAAUCCUGGGGGGAAACAAGGUUUUUUUUUUUAACUUAAGUUCCCCUUUUUUUAUAUGAACUGAACUAAAGAAUCUGAGAUGGAUGACAGAUUUUCUCCUGACCCUGAUAUUUUUCAUUGUACAAUUCAAUGUCUUCAUUUCAUUUGGGAAUUCAAGUCACCUGAGGUUCCAGGUGUGAGUUAGUUGGUGUGAGAGACGGUUUAGUCUCAAACUGGGUAAACUUUUCCCAGGUGUAAAAGAGCAACUCGGUUAGGGGGUGUUAGACACACCCUUAGAGUAACUGUUGAAAAGCCGUUGUAAGGCAAUACAGGAAGACCGCUAUGGACGUGACUGUUCUGGGGCUGGAACUGAAGAAGCGCUAAAAGAGGAUAACCCAGCACAGCUGAUGGACUUGGUUCUCAUCCCGAGUGAAGUGCAUAUGCUGAAUUUCACAUUCAUGCAGUUUUAUUUUUGUCCCAAGGAAUUCACGCAUGCACCUGGCUCAUGGUAACGAAAGCAGUGUGCCUGCCCAGGAUUGUAACCACAGCGUUCUGGUUUUGGGGCCAUUUUCUCUCCCGAUUUUGCCAUGUGUCAGACGCCAUUUAUCAUUGAAUUUGACAGCGGUAUAGGAGAGGUGGAGGGCCACCUGAAUAUUGGGACUAUUCUGCCCCCCCCACACUCCCACUAUUGUUUAAAAUGUAUUUUUAUUUUUUUUGUAUUUUGUCGUAGUCCUCUCUGUGUGGGUUCCUUUUUUGGGGCCUGUGAUUUGGAGCUUCCUCUGUCCUCUCAGGGUCCCGAGCCGCAGCCUUGGGGACCUGGCGCCUUCUCUCCGCUUCUCCCUUGCCCAUUGAAUGGGCAUCCUGUCAGCACAGAGCACAGGAAGGUUACAGAAUGACCUCAUUUCCUGUGCAGUAGGACAUUCUUUUGGGUCAUGUAAAUUAUGGCAGGUGUCACAGAAUAAAGUUUUUGGUCAAUGA